GCGAGGUUCCCCGCACAUUCUAGCAAGAGGUGAGCACGCGAUAUUUCACGCACUGCAAAGAACAGCAUGCAGUACCAUGCGGCGAUCCUGGCCACAAUUUGCAUCGUGGCGGUAAGCGCAGACCGCCGGUGUACCAGGUCUGGGGGCUGUGGGCCAUCCACGUGUGGUCCCCUAGAAAUGUCGGUACGCAUCAGGCCUCGGCGAGACCACUUCUGCAGGCCCUCAUUCACGCCCCCUUGGGAGCUGCGCAAACGCCGCAGCUGCGUUUGCAAGCGGCGCUACCUGCGCAACUCCUGGGGCGAGUGCGUUCCACGGAAGAAAUGCUUGGCGUGCAGGUUCCGCUGGCAAAGAGAUUAUCAAACGUGCGCGCCCGGAUGCCCCGCAACCUGCAACAAGCCGCUCAGCGCGUCGUGCGACCUACCGUGCACUCCUGGAUGUGCCUGCCCGCCUGGAUGGGUGGUGCACCCGAAGAGGUCAACGAUGUGCAUUAAGGCCUACAAAUGCCUUCCGAAAUGCCCGGCAAACUCAAGCUUCCAUGCAUGCGUGCCCAGUUGCCUCCCUAAGUGCGGCGAAAAUCGACCAAAGAAGUGUGCCGUCACCUGCGACGCUGGGGCCUGCGUCUGUAAUGAGGGUUACGUAGAACUGCAACAAGGUGGAAAAAAGACGUGCGUGCCCCAAUCCAAGUGUUCCUGGUAUGCUCCCACGACUCCUUCAUUUAGGCCUAACGCUACGCAAUAUACCGGCAGCAGGGAGGGGUCACACAGCGCUAUAAGUUCACUCGGUGGCGUCGUACGAAUCCCAACGAAUAUGAACUUACCCACUACGAUGGACCAGCCAAAUGAUGCACGAAGAUACCGGGUGGGCGCGCCAUCGAACGGUGUUGCAGGGCAUAGGGAGGGCACUUUGACGGUAGGUACGGAAUCAGGAGUGCCAAGUGUUACAGAGGAAACAGGCGGUGUGGGAUUCGGCACCAAUGUUCCACACUCGCAUGGCGCCGGAAGAGAUAUCUCCAGUGGUAGCUCAAGAAAUACUGCGGGUACACUAUCAACUGGUAGCUCAGGAAUUGUUAAUCUUACUGUUGGGGUACCCUCAAGCGGAAGCAUAUCGCGUGUUUCCGCAGUGAAAGAAGAAAUGCCCGCUGUAUUCGGCAUAUUAGGAACGCGCUCUCCUGAAACAGAAAAACCUAUUUCAGCUGGCGCCAUACCAAACUCAGGCGUUACACAUUCAGAUAUUACUCCAAGCGUUCUCGGAAUCCCUUCCGGACUUGCAGCCGCAGCAGAAGCGCCACCUGUUGCAACUCUGGUUGAAACGAGUGCUUCCAGUAGUAGCAAACUAGGUAAUCGGAUAUCUAUUAGAGGAAGGAAACCUUCGGGCGAGCGAGGUUUAGGCUCAGUAUCAAGUGGUACUAUAGGAAAUGUUGGGGCUGUUGUUGGUCUAGAUAAAAAAGGCUCUUUAGCAGGCUUUACCGUUCCUGAAGGCAGCAUGGGAUUUAGCACUGAUGUCACUCACCCAUUAGGCACUGGAUGGAAUAUUAAUGCAACCACAACAAAGAAAAUCAGUGCAUUCUCAAGUGUUAGCUCUGUAAUAGACAGUGCCACUGCUAGGCUACACUCAGGAGGCCAGCACAUGCCUCUUGGAGCAUCAACUGGAGUAGCGGUAGUUAAAUCCGGCACAGAAGGCUCGCAUUCACGCGGUACCACAGAGUCUCUCUCUAUUGGAGCAAAAAACUCGAGCAGUGCAGUACGAAGCGGUGUUACUCCAGGCCUCGGAGCAACUGCCGGUGUAGGUGCUCUAAGUUCACCAAAAGCAGUUUCACCAGGUGUUGAAAGUGCCUCAGGUUCAUCCACGUCUGUUGCCGUAGUGGCUGGUGGUGGAAGUGCAGUAUCCGGCGCAGCAGCUACGUCAGUACCUGUUACCACACGGACUGUUUCUGUGGGCGCUCAAAGCGUGGGAGGUUUCGUCCCACCUGUUGUCGCAAACCGACCCGGGUCCACAGGUGGUAGAAGUGCCAUGGGUACAGCCAUGCCUGGCAGCGCCGCAACAAAUGCAGGCGGUGAAGUGGCCAGCACUGUAGGUAGCCGCAUACAUAGUGUCGCAGGACCUCCAUCUACUGGCACCACAAGCUCGAAAGGAGUUCCCCCAAAAGCUGCUGGAAACAUUUCCGACGUUGCAGGCACAGUGCCUACCUUAAGUGCAAUUACGUCUGCUGGCGGAGGAACUGGAAGAGAACGCCUUGUAUCCGGUACAGAAAGUAAUCUCUCGCGUAGUGCCAAACAACCUAUUUAGGCUAACACCGGCACAAUCCGCUUUUCCGGUUCCGCAGUGGUGAGCUUAACUUAAAUGCACACAGUAAUUUGCCGUAGGAGCAGGCAGGCGAGGCAUUACCACCACCGGAGAAGGUACGAGCGCUUAAAGAGUUCUCCAUAACCUCUAUCGAUUGACGCUGCAACAACAACCAUCCGAAAACUCCCUCUAAAGAAUAAACACAGGUCACCCCAGCGACACUGGCCGCAUACUUACGGGAAGCUUUAACGGAGCUGUUCCAGCUGUCAGGCGUAAUUGGUGUUUAAACAAGAAAUUCAUGCGAUGUUGAAAACCCAAUAAGCCUUUAAGCACAAUAAACUGAAAUUGAGUCAUUUAGGAUGACGCGUCUACUUCCCUGCACUUUUCUAGCUUUUUGGAAAAUCGCCCUUUGCAUAUCGAACCAGUACCACUAUUUCUCGUCGCUGUACCGCCAAUAGUGUUAUCAAUAAAUUUUCGCACACGUUUGGAGCACUUGGUUUGAAGUUCAGCGCCUACACCCUAUCUAUUCGAAACACUUUCUGUGCUGCAAAAAAAAGUUGAGUACUCAGCAAGGUCAACAAGGAAUCUCGGCUUCCGGUCUACACAAUCCUGAGAACGUUAUGACAGCCGUCUACAAGUCCCGCAAAUUUCAUUCUACGGUAACAUACGUUAGCCGCAAUAAACAAAAUUGAGAAAACAACUGACAACUUUUCCGUAAGAGUGCAGCCGACUGCGUGGGUUUGCAACAAAUGUUCACCUUUUUUUUUUUUUUGGACGAAGAGAGAAUAGGCCACAAUGUCUGGAGCAAGCGCGCAUAGAGAAUUGUGUUAAAGGAAGCCGUUAUGGAAGUCGUACAUGUAAUUUCGGGGGCAGCCAUGGUGGCGGAUCACAGGUGCAACUGUUCAAGCAGAUUCAAUAAUAGGACAUCUUGCAAAGGUUUGCUAACAGGUUCGCCACGGUCCGUGGUGUCAUGUCGUGUUCGCAACGAGGGCAAUAAAAAUUGUCAAAACGGUGGCACAGCUUCGUA